AAAUAAGGUUUCCAAUACUUUGUAUAUUGCGUAUUAUGUGAAUCAAUUGGAUUGUAAUGUGGAAUCAAAUUGUAUUUUUUUCCCCAGUAAGAUUAUAUUUGAGAUGAAGUCAGUCGAGUCAGUUUUAAAAGUUUAGGGAAAAGUAUGUACCUGGUCAACCUGAGGAACUGUGAAGCCUUAGCAUUUACUAUAGUAAACAUGUAUUUCGUAUAGCUAACCAAACAACAAACAUUGUAGCGAUACUAUGUGCAUAAAGUGCAAUACGUGACAUUUUCUACAAUUUUAUUUUACAUUGUAUUUUAGAUUUUAAAAAAUGCAAAGUAAUACAACUGAAGAUGAAAACAAUGGAGAUGACAAAUUUCUCGGAAAAUGGCCAUAUAGAUGUAACUCUGCGUUCGCCUGCCUGGGAUGUACCAUUGGUGUGUUCAACAUAAAUAGAUUUGCGAUAAACUGCACUCAAUAUGGAGUGAAUUUUAUAAUACAGUUUCUAAUAAUGUCACUGAUCUUUGGCAUUCCUUUAUUCAUAUUUCAAAUAUGUCUUGGCCAAAAAUAUAAAAGAGGAAUAUUACAUUUAUGGAAAAUAUCACCAAUUUUCCAAGGUAUAGGUGUCGCUUUACUUCUAGUACAAAUUUAUAUAGGAAUCUACAAUAUAGUUGGAGUAUCUUGGUUGCUCGUCUAUUUCAGAGAAUCAUUCAUAUCGAAUAAUGAAACAUAUCGUUGGGCUGAUGACUUCAUAUUGGACAGAAGUCAUUUAAAUGUAGGAAGGAACACUACAACAACAAAAAUGACUGAACUACCACUUACAUUUUUUAAUCAUGCAUUUCUAUCCCAAAAAGACAUGAAUCAACAAAAUUUUUCGACAACAUUGAUAAGAUUUCAGAUUGCGUUUAACUUAGCUGUAAUGUGGACUGUGGUAUUUUUUUCACUAUUUAAAGGUUUACGUUCGUACGGUAAAGUAAUAUCCUACUACGUAUUAACUUUACUUGCUUGUAACUUACUUUUUGGAGUAAAAGUACUCAACUUAAUACCACAAGAUCCUUUCAAUAAAAUGUAUUCUACACAUGUUUGGAGUGAAUUCUUUUUAAAUGAAAAGUCCUGGGUUGCUGCAGCAUCAGAAGCAUUUUUUACUUGGGGUCUGUUGAGCGUAGCUGCUAUGCAGACUGCUGUUCAUAACAAAGAUAAAAAUUUUGUGAAAAGAGAUAUUUUGUUCGUAGUAACAUUUACAAUGCUGCUGUUGUUUCUUAAUGGAUUUAUAGCAAACACUUGUGUUAAGAUCCUUAACGUGAAUGGAUAUAAUUUUAUAAAAAAUGAAAGUGAAAAUGUACAUAUGCUUGUAUAUAAUCCAAAUUACGCAUCAACUACUAAUGUGAAUAAUAUACCACACACUUCAUUUCCUCAUGAGAAUAUAUUUAUUACCAAUGCGAAAUCAUAUCAAAUUAUUAAAGAAUACAACAAUGAUAUUUUAAGAUAUUCAACGGAACUAGUACCUUUAGCAAUAAGUUUACUAGGAAGUAAAGUUUUUACUGCCUUUUGGACAAUUUUGUUCUACUUAGGACAAAUACUCAUAGGAUUGGUUCAACAGUUAGCAAUUUGGAAUUGUGUAAUGCUGAAUAUUUCAUCUAUAAAUGGUGAAACAAAUAAAAGAUCAAAAAUCCGAUUGGUAUUUUUAAGCUGUCUCUGUGGAUUUUGUCUAGGUGUUCCGAUGACAACAAACCUGGGUGGCCACGUUAUUUACUAUUUGGAGAAUAUAAUUGGUAAAAGUUGGUGGGUCAUAAUCUUAUACUUAAUACAGUUUGGAGUUGUUUUCUUAGUUAGAAGAGUACCAUACAACGUCAUACAGACAACAGAAACAAUUUUAUCACCAAGCAAUUGUGUUCAGCAGUUCGUAGACCCAAUGUUGUCAUUUUUAUGGAACAUCCCUUUACCUACUGCACUGACGGUAUUAAGUAUUAUUAUCUUUAAGAUGAAUGGUUUAGGAGAAUAUUAUUUAAAUCAGAAAAUUGGCAAAUCUUAUUGGAAUAUUUGGACCAGCCAAAUAGGAAUAAUUAUUCAAUUAGCACCAUUAUUAAUCAUUCCAAUGGUAGCAGUUGUACAAGUCUGUCGUUACCUUUGUAGUGGUCCAACAAAAAUUUCUAAAAGAAUCCAAUUGCUGUGUAGACCGCCUUUGGAAGUUGACUGCACUCAGAAUGUACAAGAUUGUGACAGUGAAGAGAUAACUGACAUUAGAGAAAAUAUAGACCAUCAAAGUAUAACAGAUUUAAUAGUAGAAGAUUCGCCACCAAAAUAUACUCCACCGCCAAGUUAUUCAACGGCAACUGGAGAAAGGAUGAUGAGAUUCUUAAGACGUAGUUUCAGAAAAAGUAUUCGAAGUAUAGGAAACAUUUUAAAAGACGGUAAUGAGUCGAAUACUAAACCAACGUUAAUUCCUUCAGAACUUGAAAAUAAAAUGUAAUUAAAAAAUAUAUUAAAAACGAUAAAUGGA